AUGAUUGGAAGACUUGCUCAAGCAAUCCGCUCUCCCGAUGGCAGACAUCUUCCACCAGAUCACAGAGAGGAGCUGGGAUUCCCUCCCGAUAAUGAGCAGGCAGGACGAGAGACAGGCAGCAAUGACAAACGGAUUACAAUAACGGGAACCGAUCACAAUGCGCUAAUUCCAACAAACGAUAAGCUCCUUGCUUUUCGUUCCCUGACAGGCAUCGACACUGUCCCUGCAUUGUCAAGCACUGGCCAUGCCAGGCGCGCUGCACCCAACAUUGGCCUGUACUCCAGGGUCGUACAAGCUGAGCAGAAGGCAGCUCAUAACUACCGCAUCUUCCACAGCCUAAUUAAUUUUUGCCUUGGGGCUCAAAUUGUCGUCGCAGCGGCGUUGACUGCAAUUGGAGCAGCGAACGGCUCUCGUCACGCAGUUACCGGACUAGGUGCCAUGAACACAAUCAUGGCGGGCAUAUUGACGUACCUCAAGGGCUCUGGCCUCCCUGAUCGCUUCAAAGCUCACGAGAACCAAUGGAGAGAGAUUCGUGAAUUUAUUGAGCAGCGAGAGCGAGAACUCUGUUUACUAGACUGCCCUCUCGACGCACAAGAAGAAGUUGCCAUCGUGGAGGAAAUGUACAAUCAAGCCAAAGCUGAGCUAGAUGCGAAACCGUUUGAAAUCCGUUCGCAUUUUGGAGGGAGCCACCAGUCUCAACAAAAGACACAUGAUAGUUCGAUAAGGUCCGUAGUGCAUAGAGCAGCUGUCAAAGUUGCUCAAUCUACGGAUGCACUGUCCACGCCAACACCACCACCGGCAAGCAGCAAAUAA